AUGGAUACAGUACUCCAAGGCUUGUCAGGCGUAAAAUGUAUCAUUGAUGACAUGAUCAUUACUGGUCGUUCAGAUAAGGAACACCUGCAGAACCUGGAAAACGUCUUACAGCGUCUAGAAAAAUACAACUUGAGGAUCAAGCUUGAAAAAUGUGAAUUUUUCAAAGACAGAAUCUCAUUCUGUGGUCAUGAAAUUGACAUGGAAGGAUUGCAUAAGACACAAAGUAAAAUUGAAGCAGUUGUAAAAGCUCCUAAACCAGAAAAUGUGUCAGAGCUGAGAACAUUCUUAGGACUAGUGAAUUACUACAACAGGUUUUUGAAGGAUGUGUCAACAGUGCUUCACCCACUGUAUGAACGUCUGCGACGAGAUAAACCCUGGGUAUGGAGUGAUCAGUGUGAAGAGGCAUUCUGUGCUGUUAAAGCCUUAAUAACAUCACCAGAAGUGCUGACACAUUACAAUCCGAACUUACCUAUCCGUCUUGCGUGUGAUGCGUCACCAGUGGGAUUGGGAGCAGUUUUAUCUCACGUGAUGGAUGACGGAGUGGAGAGACCAAUCGCCUAUGCAUCUCGUUCUUUAACCAAAGCAGAAAGAAAUUACUCCCAGAUUGACAAGGAAGCUCUCGCACUCAUCUGGGAAGUUAAGAGAUUCCAUACUUACCUUUUUGGUAGAGAAUUCACCCUGCUGACAGAUCAUCAGCCACUAGUAUCAAUAUUUCACCCUAGAAAGGGAAUUCCAAUGACUACAGCAGCACGGUUGCAGAGGUAUGCGUUAUUUCUGGCUGGUCACAAUUAUCGGAUUGAAUACAAGAAUACCAAAAUGCAUGGAAAUGCAGAUUGUCUUUCACGUCUACCAGUUGAUAGUGGUGACAAAGAAACUGUCGACGAGAACAUUGAUCCUGUGGAGGUGCUACACAUUGCACAGUUUGACACACUACCAGUAAGUCAUGCUAAUAUUCAGCGUGCAACGAGAAAUGAUCCAGUAUUAUCAAAAGUUCACGAGAUGGUAAUGACUGGAUGCCCAGAGAAAUCGCCAGAUGUGGAUUUUGAUCCAUUCUUCCACCGGAGAAAUGAACUGACAGUACAUCAAGGAUGUUUGCUGUGGGGAAUGAGAGUUAUCAUACCCCAUUCAUCUCGCAAGAAGAUAUUGGAAGAACUUCAUGAAGGACACAUCGGAGUUGUCAAAAUGAAGGCGUUGGCGCGUAGCCAUGUUUGGUGGCCUGGUAUUGAUAAAGACAUCGACAUUUUGGCAAAAAGGACAAUGUUUUUAAUAAUGGUGGAUGCGUAUUCAAAGUGGCCAGAGGUAGUUCAGAUGAACAAAACGACAUCUGGAAGAACUUUACUACGCACGAUAUUUGCUCGAAAUGGACUGCCUAUCCAGUUGGUGAGUGAUAAUGGCCCACAGUUCACUUCUGAAGAGUUUGCAACGUUCAUGAAGGCGAAUGGUGUCGAACAUGUUACAUCAGCACCAUAUCACCCAAGUACCAAUGGCCUUGUCGAACGAUUCGUUCAGUCAUUCAAGAUGGCAAUGCGGUCCAGUAAACAAGAUGUUGGAUCUGUGCAGAAGAAAUUGUCCAAAUUUCUCUUGGCAUACAGAAAUGCAUCACAAGCGACGACUGGUGAACCACCCGCAAAACUAUUCAUGGGUCGGACUCUCAUGUCUCGACUAGAAUUGAUUCGUCCAGAUUUACGACAACAUGUGAGAAACAAGCAACUGUCGAUGCAGGAGAAUAGGGCUGCACAUCAUCGAAUAUUUGAAACUGGUCAAAGUGUGAUCAUGAGAGAUUAUCGUGGACAAAACAAGUGGGUUCCAGGGAUAAUCCGUACACGGACUGGUCCAGUUUCAUACCGUGUAGAAGUGGCACCAGGAAUACAGUGGAGGCGGCAUGUAGACCAAAUUCGUGAUUCUCGUAUCUCGCAAAAACCAGCAGUCUGGAUACCAUCAUGA